AUGGCACGGAGCGCAUACAGUCCAUCACCCUCCCCCAGCCUCCGGUCAAGUAUCGACCUCUCCGACUCUUCCGGCAGCGAAUAUGGCUUCCCUCUCGUGGAGGGUGGAGAGGCCGUGGGCUCAGCGUCACGGCCAGGCUCUCCCGCAGGCGACGCAAAUGUCGUGAAGGACAACAGGCCAGAUACGAUGACUUGCCAAUGGGAGGAUUGUGGGCGGGUGUUCAACCACCUCCCUACCCUGAUAGACCAUAUACACCAGGAUCACAUUGGCGUCCACAAGUCGAACUACACCUGCGAAUGGGCAGGCUGCGUCCGCAGAGGCAUCGCACAGACCUCCCGCUUCGCCCUCAUCUCGCACAUCCGCUCCCACACCGGCGAAAAGCCCUUCACCUGCUCCCGUCCAGAGUGCGACAAGUCGUUCACCCGCUCCGACGCGCUCGCGAAGCACAUGCGCAUCCAGCACAACAUCUCGCCGCCGCUGCCCGGGCGCGGCGGGAACCGCAAGCGGAAGCGCGAGGAGCAGGAGGCGCUGGCCGCGUACGCCGCGGACCCGUACGGGGUCACGACGUUCAAGGUCGGGGAGCCCUCGGGCGCGGGCGGGGACGACGACGACUUCCGGCUGUCGCCCGUCGAGGGCCUGCCGCCGCGGCUGCCGCUGGGCGCGGCCCCGGUCAGGCAGUACACCCCGGAGCCGGCGAGCCAGGCGGAGUGGGACUCGGAGGACGAGCUGCCCGCGCAUUUGUUGGGGCAGAAGCACCCGGGGACGGGGCUAAUCAUGGGGCGGUCGCAUAUGCAUGUGCGGUACAUGCUGAUGAAGGCGAAGCACAAGUGGGCGAUGGAGCAGCACGAGGCUUUGGUGGAGGAGCUUCGGGCAUUGAGGCAUGAGGAGAAGUGCUGGAAGGAGCGGAAGGAUGCGCUGUUGGAUUCGCUGUUGAAGAAACAGUUUGGGUCUCAGGCUGAACAGCUCGCCAACCCGCUCGUCAUGGCUGCACAGAACACAUAUGUUUACAACCCUGGCCCGGAAGAGGAUCCAUAUGCCUAG